GCCGCUGUGAGGACCGAGCACAGACGGUUUCUGUGGCUCUGGUCUGAGACUGAGGAGAGGAUAACGUAGCAUAAUAACAAGGAUGCACGAUAUAUCGCUUAUUAUUGAACUAUCUCGAUGUUGGAACAUUGCAGUGUGGCAAAAGGCUGAGGACUGUUGACCCCGUUUCAUAAAGGUGAUGGGUGGGGCAUGAUGUGGGAUGCCGGACGGAAUGCUGGGUAAUUGUGAAAUCGUCCAGUCAUGGUGGUCUGGCUCAGCCUCAGUUGGCUUCUUCUGGUGACGCUUAUUCCUGAUUGGGUGGUUCUGUCCCGGGACUUCACUCUAAAGGACAUCAUUAACCUCCAUCCGUCAGCUACCCCGUACCCUGGAGGUUUUAAGUGCUUCACCUGUGAGGAUGCUGAGGAUAACUAUUCCUGCAACCGCUGGGCUCCUGACCAAUACUGCCCUAAAGACACCAGAUUCUGCUACACACGCCACCAGAUGAACAGCGGAGGGGAGAGUGUGUCCGUGACGAAGCGCUGCGCGGCUCGGGAUGAGUGUGCGUCCACUGGCUGUGUGGAGCAAGGAGGCUACAUGGUGUGCAUUUCCUGCUGUGAAGGGAACAUCUGUAACCUGCCGGUACCGUGGAACCUUACGAUGGCUGUAUUUUCUACAAAAUCCCUGUUAAACCGAGAGAGCAGAGUGCAUCCUGGAUGUACCACCUCUUUCAGCAUCUUCAUCAUCAUCUUCACGCUUAACCUUUCUUAACAGCCUGGAUUGAUGUUUUAUUUAUUUAUAUAUAGUGGUUUAUAUGAGGACAGUGUAACAGUAAAUAAUAUACAUUAAAUGAUAUACUUCAUUCUUCUUAAAAAAAACCUACAGUCUAACCUAAAAUCCACAAAAAAAUAGCUAAAUGCACCUUCCAUACAGUUUUGAGCAAAAGUUUGG